UGCCUCCCUGUCACCAUGGCAUCCGACGGCCCUGACCCGCAAGCCCUCAAGACAUGGCAGGAUGCCUUCCAAUAUCCAAUUCCGACCGUGCGCCGCGUGGAGCAGGAGCUCCGGCGCGACAUCGCGAGUAACAAGGAGAAGCUCCGCGCUCUAGUUGGGACGAGGUAUCGAGAAUUGGUUGGGACCGCAGAAACGAUUGUUUCCAUGAACCGCGAGAUACAAAAUGUGGAUGCGACAUUGGCCGACAUUGGACAGCGAUGCAACCCCCGAUUGAUGGAGAAGAAGUUUACACAUUUCCAUCAGAUCAAAGGUGAUGUCAGAGAUAAAGAUUCAGCAAAGCGCUCGUUAAGCGCUCAACUUGCUCUGCUUCAACGCUGUGCGGCCUCCAUCUCGCAACUCCUAAGGCGCCGUGGUUCCCUAUCGUUAAUGGCCAAGCUUACGGUUGUUUCUCGGCUUCUACACAACACGAUUUCCCAGCAAAAAUCGGUCCCUCCGUUCUUAGAGAACCUGCGCAACCAGAUAGCCUCACUCCAGCACACACUUAUACGGAGGAUAGAUAAGCGCCUUGCUUCGGCCACAUCAACGGCUGAUGAGAUUAUUGAGGCUUUAGUGGCUUACUGCCUGGCUACCAAGUCUUCUUCAGACGAUGCUAUACGCCGUUUCCAUCAAGUCCGCUUGGACCAUAUUGGGAGUCAGCUGGAAUCUCAAGAUGCAUCGGGAGAGCACGUUUUGAACGCGCUACGGUUAUAUGUGCGAACGCUUCAAUCAACUAGGGUCCUACUCUCCCGCCGUUUAUCCGAUGCUUUGGGGAAAUUGAAAGCACGGCCCAUCCUGGCCGAUCCGGAUAUUCGGGGGCUCGAUGAUCUAGGUCUCGAUGUCUUGGGCCGCUGGGUGGCCGCGGAUGUCAGCAAUUUUACUCCUUGGAUCAAGUUGAGUGAAUGCUCUAAGAGUGACGCCGAAAAGCUUAUUAAGCAAUGGUCCAAGCAAGCAUUUGGCAGGUUUGUCGACGGAUGCCAGAAAGCCCUGACGAACUGGCUGGGCUUCUCGAGCCUACUUUCACUUCGUGAAAAGACGGUGGAGCUAUGGCUGUCCUCCUGGGGUUCAACUCCUACACACUCAUCCUUACAGGUUUUGGAGGGUCUUCGGACCGUUUUCAACGAGCGACUCAGGCAAAUUCUGUCCGAUCAAGCUAAAUCUCUGAACACCUUGGGUCAUACUGUUGCGUCUGUGCUGUCGAGCUGGGACAAUCGAGAGCACAUGGUGUCUCACUCACUCUGGGACCAUGAACUGAUGUCUCUGGACUAUUCAAAUGGUGCUUCUGCUUUUAAACAAACGAUUGCGGAUAGGCUUCUUGGCCGGGAUGAGGAUAUAUCCGAUGUUCUCAAGAUAUACCAGGACUGGCUCUCGCUGAUCGAGGGUUCCAGACAGUCUGUCGAUGAAUUGCGACGAGUGCGCUGGACAGACAUUUUGGACGAAAGCGAGGACGGAGAUGUUGAUAUCGAUGCUACCGCCACUCUGAAUGAAGAUGAUCCUCAAUUACUACGGGAAGCGCUUGAGUCCGCUGUCAGAACAGCCUUUGAUGAUCUCGACUCUUCCUUCAAUGGUAUAUUUAAGGAAUUCGGAGCCUCACCCCAGAGCGGCAAAGCUGCAUUUAUGUUAAAGCUUAUCAGACUGGUGCGGCGCGAUCUCCCAACGGAUUUCCAUGACAGCAAGUUUGUCCUCUCGAAGGACAUUGUCCCACAGUUGCAGGCGUUGCUUGCCAACGAAGUGCUGAAGCAAACGCAGCCAUUACGGCUGAUAGCGGGCUCGGUGGCCAAAGCUCCAAGAGUGCCAGGUCGGACGCUUUGGGAGGGCGAUCCAGAAUCCCCUGUCCAGCCAUCUCCAUCUACAUUCAAGUUUUUGCGCCGACUCGUCGAGUCCAUGGAUGGACAAGGCCCAGGUAUCUGGGAUAUCUCCACCAUCAAUGUGCUCAAAGGUAGUACGCAGACAGAACUGUCCAAAACCAUCACCUCUGCUCUCGAGGCCCUGAGUCCUUCGUCAAGUGCCACCGACGGAGAUGCUGUGAAAGACUCAUCGGAAAGCACAGACGCGGACAAGGAUGAGGACAAUGAAACAUCCGAGAAAACUGGCCAAGAAAAGCCGGAAUCUGAGAAAACUAGCGAAACUGAGGUUCAAAACCUGAAUGACUGGAAGCUCCAGCUAUACUUUGACGCCGCCUAUUUGAAGAAUGCGUUGGCGUCCAAGGACCAGGAAAGUGAGGAAUUCAAGGCUUCUAUUGCCAAGCUCAGUAAUGAGGUUGCAUCUAGCCCGAAAUCUGUCAAGUUUAUGGACCAUGCUGCUUCCGAAUAUUGGAAACGCACCCAAUUGUUGCUGGGGCUUUUGGCAGUGGGCGCCGAGAAAUAGCUUGUCAGGCCUGGGUCUGGAAGGUUCAGGGUGGUCUCUACUGUGAUAGCACUAUAGAGCUGUACAUUAUUUGGAGGAUUGUAUAUAGAACACAAAAGAGCUACGUUGCGCAUUUGCC